AUGCCCGGUCUGAGCCGGAGUAUUGAGAUCAUUAAGGCGCGAAUAAAAAAGAUUUUUGACCGCCAGGUUUCUAGACAGCUCAACGCGCUCUUUCCCGAGCGGCAGCCGAAGGAACCUGGUAACGUACGCCCUCCGAACGAAACGGUCCCAAGGUCCCAUACAGGAGAAAUUGACAAUGUCUCAAAUACUUCACCUGAACGCUGUUCGGCGAGCACAGCUUAUGAAUGGGGGGCUCAUAUGAGUGCUGUGGUGGAUGAGGAUCUCUGGCUUCCUGCAUUUCUCGCCCAGGACAUUUCAUACGGGCCAGAGGUGAUGCUCGAUGUACAGGAUGGUCUAAGCCCUGAGACGCGGUCUGCACUCAUGGGAUCAAAUCUUGAUCCACAAUUGCGACUGAAUCUUUCAGCACCUGACUCAACAAUGAGCUAUAGUCCCUUUCCUGAUACAUUGCUUGAUCAAUUAUCAGAUGCUCCUGCGGGGGAAGGAGAUAAGUUGUCAUGUUCCGCUAUCUAA